AUGAGGGAAAAUAGUAUUAAUUGCGAUAUCAAACGAAUUUUACACGAUGCAAACGCAGUAUGUUUCGAUGUCGAUUCGACGAUUUGCCAGGAUGAAGCAAUUGAUGAAUUUGCUAAAUUUCUCGGUUACUCGGAAAAUGAAAUAAAGAAAUUAACAGACAUGGCGAUGAAUGGAGAAAUGGGCACAUUUCAACAAUCAUUAACAAGUCGAAUGUAUUUACUUCGACCAACAAAAUCACAAUUUAACGCAUUUUUAUCAAAUAGAAAAAUUUUAUUAUCACCUAAAAUUGAAGAGUUCGUAUUCGCUUUACAACAACGUCAAAUUCACGUUUAUUUGGUAACGGGAAGUUUUCGCUCUUUUGUUCUUCCAGUAGCUUCGAUUUUGAAAAUUCCGAAAGAGAACAUUUUUGCAAAUGAUAUAAAAUUUGAUUGUAACGGUGAUUAUAUAGGUAUCGAUACAAAUCAACUAACUAGUGAUUCAGGAUCAAUGAAUGUUGGUAAGGCAGCUGUUUGCGGUUUAUUGAAACAAAAAAUGGGAUAUCGAAAUUUGGUUAUGAUUGGUGAUGGUAUUACCGAUUUGGAAGCAUCACCGCCUGCAGAUGUAUUUAUUGGCUUUGGUGGCAAUAAGGUUCGAGAAAAAGUGCGCAAAAAUGCUAAAUGGUAUGUCUAUGAUUUUAAUAGUUUAUUGGAAGCGUUGCUAUCGUCAAAUAACUAA